GGUGGUUGGGGAUUAGACUGCUCGGGCGCAACCGGAGCAGGGGCGCGGCUGCUAAGGGCCGGCCCGCAAGUCCCAGCGGUCUUUAAAUUCUCCCGUGCUGGGGCCGGCGUGCGCACUCUUACCUGCCGCGGUGCGGCGAGCGUCCCACCGCUCUGCGCUUCCAAGGACUCUUGUCAUCUGCCUUAGGCGGGAAAUGCUGUUGCUGGAUUGCAACCCCGAGGUGGAUGGUCUGAAGCAUUUGCUGGAGACAGGAGCCUCGGUCAACGCACCCCCGGAUCCCUGCGAGCAGUCGCCUGUCCACUUAGCCGCAGGAAGCGGCCUUGCUUGCUUUCUUCUUUGGCAGCUGCAAACGGGCGCUGACCUCAACCAACAGGAUGUUUUAGGAGAAGCUCCACUACACAAGGCAGCAAAAGUUGGAAGCCUGGAGUGCCUUAGCCUGCUUGUAGCCAGUGAUGCCCAAAUUGAUUUAUGUAAUAAGAACGGGCAAACAGCUGAAGAUCUCGCUUGGUCAUGUGGAUUUCCAGACUGUGCCAAGUUUCUUACAACAAUUAAAUGCAUGCAGACAAUAAAACCAAGUGAACACUCGGACAGGAAUGAUCGUGUUCCUGUGCUCAGACAGAAGCGAAGUUUUGGAAGUGUAGGAAGUAUCAGUGGGAAAAGGAAGUGUUGGUAAGUAACUCAGAGCUGCUGUUUUCCUCCCUCAGCAAUUGAUCUCAUUUGCAUAGCAUUUAUUAUUCCAUUUAAUAUUGACACUCUUAUUUCUAGUAGUGGUGUUUCAUUCUCAUUAACAUCUUAAUAUUGGUUAUAUGAGUCUAGAGACCAAAAAUGGGCCUGCAUGGUGGAAGUUGGGGAUAAAACUCAUUUUUUUAAAAAAAGUUUUUAACGUCAGCAUGUUUUUUUAAAAACAGAUGUCACGUGGGUCAUGAAGAAGUCUGAAGAACGCCCUCAUUUCAUGCAGAUCUAUAAGCUCCUGCUUUUGGCUUUACCAUAUGUGUGUCUAAACUCCUCCUGAGAAGGAGGAAAAACUUUCUUCCAAGUGAAGAUCCAUUUAAGAACACAUGUAUUUACAUGCCUAUACCAUGCUGGUUGUGUAUGCUUUGUCUUUUAAGUUUUAUUAAAGGAAUGUCUAAAAAAUA